AAUCACAUGACACGACAGCUAGAUAUUUUUAGAUAGGCUAGAAGUUGACGUUAUCAUGGUGCAUGUGAUUCUGCAUAUCAGAUAAUACGGACAUACAAGUGAUAAUAGUGGUAUUCAAACUUUCUUCAUUGUUCAUUGUUCGGGCAACAUACGUCGAAACAUGGACAGUAGUAAGCUGAGGCUGGCGGUGGUGCUAGUGGCACUUUCUGUACAUUUUUCAGCUGCUGACUUCACCCAAUAUCGUGACUUUAUUCUGAGCCAAGCAAACAACGCAACGCUGAACAAACUCUUUGCUGAACAUGUCAAAAAAUUCAGAGUCUCCGAAAAUGACCUGAAGUUGCCCACGUUUCCGUGCUCCACAUACUCGGUCAAACGAGGACCUGUAACAGUACAUAAUUUGACGCCACAGGAUAUAAAAGUGGUGGCUGGAGUAGGCGAUUCAAUAACGGCCGGCACCGGAAUUCAGGCCCAGACUGUUAUUGGUCUUCUUACAGAGUACCGGGGACUAUCCUGGAGUAUUGGUGGAGACAAACAGGUAGAGGAUUAUGUCACUUUGGCAAACAUCUUAAAGAAGUAUAACCCGGAUAUAAAAGGAUUCUCUGUGGGAAGGGGGGAUGUCGACAGCGCAAACGCACACCUCAACGUGGCUAACCCAGGAGACCAGGCGAGAGACAUGCCUGGACAGGCCAAAUUGUUGGUGGAGCGAUUGAAGGAGGAACCCGGUGUAGAUUUUGAAAAUGACUGGAAAGUUAUCACCCUGUUUAUUGGCGGAAAUGACCUCUGUGACUACUGCGAUGACAAGGAAACCUUUAGUACAGCGAACUUCAUUGGGCACGUGACGGAGGCUUUAGACAUCCUGCACCAAAACAUCCCCAGGGCCUUUGUCAACGUUGUGGAGACUCUGAAUAUUGCGGACAUCAACGUCCUCAAUGAAGGUCUCAUCUGUGAUACAAUUCAUUUCUUUUUGUGCCGAUGUGGAACCUUCCCAACUGAGAAGGAGAGAGAUGAAAUGCGGGCUGCCGUGAAGUCGUAUCAGAAAGCUAUUGCAGACCUCGCCAGUUCCGGUCGAUACGAUACCAGGGAUGAUUUUACUGUUGUUGCGCAACCUUUCUACGAAGAAACAGAUAUUCCGAGAUUGCCCGAUUCCAACGAGGCGGAUCUAAGUUACUUCGCCCCAGAUUGUUUCCAUCUCAGCGAGAAGGGACACAAGUGUGCGGCGGAAGCAUUGUGGAACAAUAUGAUUGAACCCGUGGGACAGAAGAGGUUAAAGUGGACUCCAAAGGAGGAGAUAGAAUGCCCCAGUGCUGAUAAUCCCUUUUUCUACACCGGUAAAAACAGCUUGAUGUUGUCUGAACAUUCAGAUUCAAAGCGAGAUCCCACCACUGCUCCUGACAGCGCGGACUCCGGGAAGACGAGAUCCGCCUCUUCCUUAGGUGGUAUUGGUAUAGGGGUGGCGUGUUUAGUAUUAGUAGGCAUGAUUUGCGUCCUCAUUUUUGUUGGAAACCAACAAGCAGGAGGUGGAGGAGGUGGUCAGGGGGAUAAGAAAGAUGACAAGGAAAGGAAGAAGAAGUAUGAACCCCCAGUUCCAACAAGGGUCGGCAAAAAGAAGAAGAAGUCGAAGGGUCCUGACACUGCCAGUAAACUACCACAAGUGACACCUCACACACGAUGCAGACUCAAACUUCUAAAAUUAGAAAGGAUCAAAGAUUACCUGCUAAUGGAGGAAGAAUUCAUCAGAAAUCAGGAGAGGCUCAAACCACAGGAAGAAAAACAUGAGGAAGAGAGAACAAAAGUGGAUGAGUUGAGAGGAUCUCCAAUGUCUGUUGGCACGCUGGAAGAGAUCAUUGACGAUAACCACGCCAUCGUCUCCACUUCUGUUGGAAGCGAACACUACGUCAGCAUCCUGUCAUUUGUAGACAAAGACCAACUGGAGCCGGGGUGUUCUGUGCUGCUAAAUCACAAGGUACAUGCUGUGGUGGGCGUGCUAGGUGAUGACACAGAUCCCAUGGUGACAGUCAUGAAGCUGGAGAAAGCUCCCCAGGAGACGUAUGCAGACAUUGGGGGACUGGACCAACAGAUUCAAGAAAUCAAGGAAUCCGUAGAAUUACCACUAACACAUCCAGAAUAUUACGAAGAAAUGGGAAUUAAACCGCCAAAGGGUGUUAUUUUAUAUGGACCUCCAGGGACAGGAAAAACACUUUUGGCCAAAGCUGUGGCGAAUCAGACAUCUGCAACAUUUUUACGUGUUGUCGGAUCAGAACUUAUUCAGAAAUACUUGGGCGAUGGUCCAAAAUUAGUCCGAGAAUUGUUCCGAGUGGCAGAAGAACAUGCUCCGUCUAUUGUCUUUAUUGAUGAAAUAGAUGCUGUGGGAACAAAACGGUAUGACUCCAACUCUGGAGGUGAGAGAGAAAUUCAGAGAACUAUGUUAGAACUUCUCAACCAGCUGGAUGGUUUUGAUUCCAGAGGAGAUGUGAAGGUGGUCAUGGCAACAAACAGAAUUGAAACCCUCGACCCUGCUCUAAUUCGACCAGGAAGAAUUGAUCGAAAGAUAGAAUUCCCUCUCCCUGAUGAGAAAACAAAGAGGAGAAUCUUCACUAUUCACACCAACAGAAUGACUCUAGCAGAGGAUGUCAAUAUUGAUGAUUAUGUUAUGGCCAAGGAUGAUCUCUCGGGAGCAGAUAUCAAGGCUAUAUGCACAGAAGCCGGAUUACUAGCUCUUAGAGAGAGAAGAAUGAAGGUUACAAAUGACGACUUUAAAUCAGCGAAAGAAAAUGUGUUAUACAGAAAGAAUGAGGGAACCCCUGAAGGACUAUACCUAUAAAAGAAAAAGAAACUUUCAACAUUUUAUACAAUUUAUUUCACAGGCAUUGUGAAUACUGAACUGUGUUGUUAUUAAAUUAUGUGUAACUUCA